GGAACGAGCGCUAUCCGACGAAUGAGGUGACAAGUGUUUCAUUUCUAAUGCGGCUACUACUGUUACUAAUUUUUCUAGUUCGUAUUCAACACUUAUAUUGCUCAUCCAGUACAUAUCCAUACAAUACACCACAGCGAUGUGCUAAUGAUACAGAAAUCAUUGAUCAUUUAUUGUUCGAUAUCGCUUUACACUAUAAUAAGCACAAAUUACCAUCAAAUCCGGUCGAUGUUCGCAUUGAAAUGUGGGUACAGGAAGUAACAUCCGUCUCCGAACUUACGCAGGAUUUUGAAAUCGACCUAUACAUGAACGAAUACUGGACCGAUCCAGGUCUGGCUUACACGAUUCUGAAUCCAUGCCAAGGAAAUCUAUCAUUUGAUUGGACCGUACUUCAAAAUAUUUGGACUCCAAAUACAUGUUUUGUUAAUUCGAAAAAAGCACAAAUUCACAGCUCACCAUUUCGAAAUGUCUUUCUCAUGGUGUUUCCAAACGGCUCCAUAUGGUCCAAUUGGCGAAUUAAAAGUACGGGUCCUUGUAAAAUGGAUUUGUCAAAGUUCCCAAUGGAUACGAUUGAAUGCAUAUUAACGUUCGAGUCCUUCAACUAUAACAACGAAGAAGUCCAUAUGAGAUGGAGCGAUUCACCUCUGAUUCAGUUCAAAGAUAUCGAAUUACCGGAUUUUUCUAUGGUGAACUAUAGUACAUCAGACAAUCUAACCCUUUAUGCCGCUGGCUAUUGGAAUGAGCUCACCGUCAAAUUCGUAUUCCGAAGGCGUUAUGGAUGGUAUUUACUUCAGGGUUAUAUUCCAACGUAUAUGACCGUUUUUAUAUCAUGGAUUCCAUUUUAUCUCGGCCCAAAAGCAAUUCCAGCUAGAACAAUGAUUGGAGUGAAUGCAUUACUAGCGAUGACUUUCCAGUUUGGAAAUAUAAUACGAAAUUUGCCAAGAGUGUCAUAUGUGAAGGCGAUUGAUGUAUGGAUGCUCAGUGGAAUUUCAUUCGUGUUCGCUUCACUCGUUGAACUGGCAACGAUUGGCUACAUGACGAGAAAUGAAGGACGACCAUCUACUGCAUUUAGUCGUCAAAGCAUAGGAAGAAGGUUUCUCUUUCAUUUUUUCAGUUCUCUAAUAUUUUGUUAA